AGCAUAAAGGAGAAACCAAACAAAGCCAUACCAACAGUCGAGGAAAGAGGGAAAAAAAUCUCAAACUCAAAAGCUGAUGGGUUCCUACAACAAUCCCGGAUUUGGAUCUGAUGUACUCGAAACCUUAGGUCAGCGGCUUCGCCUUUAUAAACCUCCUCCUCGUCGAAUCCCAGAAAUUGCAACUGAAUCGGUUUCUCGUCAAAUAAAUACCGAUGAAAAAUCUGUCCGCAGCAUUACAGAUCACUAUCAGCCCGAAAAGCUCAAGAGAGCUGCCGUUCUUGUCUGUAUCUUCCAAGGAAACAAUGAUGAUCUUCGUGUGAUACUCACCAAACGUUCAUCGACUCUCUCUUCUCACUCCGGAGAAGUUGCAUUGCCAGGAGGGAAAAGAGAGGAAACUGAUGCUGAUGACGUAGAGACUGCAUUGAGGGAGGCAAACGAAGAGAUUGGCUUGGACCCUUCGCUUGUCAAUGUUGUUGCUGUUCUUGAACCAAUUUUUACCAAGAGUCGCAUGUUAGUCGUCCCUGUGGUUGCUAUACUGUCAGAUGCAAAGGCAUUCAGUCCAGCUCCAAGUGCAGAUGAGGUGGAAGCGAUAUUUGAUGCUCCUUUAGAAAUGUUUCUCAAGGAUGAAAACCGGAGAGCAGAAGAGAGAGAAUGGAUGGGAGGAAAGUAUUUACUCCAGUACUUUGACUAUGAAGCAGAAAACAAAAGGUACGUGAUAUGGGCAUUAACGGCUGGAAUCUUGAUCAAGGUUGCCUCAAUUGUUUACCAGCGGCCACCUGCAUUUCUAGAGCUCAGGCCGAAAUUCUGGGAUAUGGCCUUUAGUUCAGACAUCCCUGAGCUGUGAAAUUCAUAGAAUUUUUCAUCGUUUCUUAAAUAACCAUCUCUGUAGGAAAACUUUCCUACAUGCCUCUUUUAUAAACUCAUCAUUGAAGAUUGAAUCAUAUGAACAGGAUAUGAACAAGUGUAUUUUCGGGUGAAAAGCAUUUGCCUGGAAUGUUUUAUAAUUAUAUGUUAAAAGCAAUGAAGUCCCAUGUCAUGAAGCAAUUCCAGUGCCACCAAUUUGUCACGCA